AUGCCGUCGGGAUCAAAUACUGCGGAGGAUCAGCACAUGGCCGAUGCGGCGAUGGAGCACCCUCCGGCUCCUGAGCCAUAUAUCGACUUGGCCGACCAGCGAAUCCGCGUGCUUCCAGGAUCCACGGAAACGGCUGCUUCAUUUGAGUUUGAAGGAGAAGAUCAUACACUUGGAAAUGCGCUUCGGUAUAUUAUAAUGAAGAACCCAGAUGUUGAAUUUUGCGGUUACUCGAUACCCCAUCCAUCUGAAGCGAAGAUGAAUAUACGGAUACAGACUUACGAGAACACGACAGCAUUCGAUGCCUUAGAAAAAGGAUUAGAUGAUUUAAUGGACCUAUGUGAUGUGGUAGUUGACAAGUUUGCUGCCGCCAAGAGCGCAAUCAAGCCGCCUCAUUAA